AUGGCGAAUGCCCAGAAAGCAUUCACGAUCGAAAGCCUAAGAACACUAGCGAAGCAGUCGUUCAGGUGCCUGGUCGUACCCGUCCGUCUCCGCCGCGCGAUAAAGAAAUACCUCCGCGAGGAAGACGAUCCGCACAUCAGGAAGAAGGUUCGCCAGCUAUCGGAAUCGUUUCAAGAGAUAAAGGACUCUAACCUCCUGUUACCGGAAACAACGGCCAAGCGUCUGGCGGAUUCGAUGAACUCGGUGGAGGCGAAGCGGUGGAAGAUACAGACGGUUUAUGGAGAUAGCGGUUUACAGUACAGAGACGGUGAGACUGCAGCUUACGUUGCUUCUCGUAUGCCCGCCGCGUACUCCGUCUGCUACAGAGUCCUCACUGAGAUUCGUCGAAGGCUUCCUGGUUUUAAGCCUACGAGGGUUCUUGAUUUUGGUGCUGGCACUGGUUCUGGCUUCUGGGCAGUACAAGAGGUUUGGCCAAAGUGUGCGCAGAAAGUUAAUAUAGUGGAACCAUCUCAAUCGAUGCAGCGUGCAGGACGUGACUUGCUUCAGGGCUUGAAGGAUUUGCCUCUGAUCCAUGGGUACACUAGCCUGCUAUCCCUUUCUCAAGAGCUCAACAAGAAAUGCAGAAUCCUCAAUGAUAAAUCCGAGAGGAAACAUGAGCUUGUCAUCGCUUCCUAUGUGCUAGGGGAGAUACCAUCUCUGAAAGACAGGAUUACUAUGGUUCGCCAGCUCUGGGACCUUACAGAUGAUCUCUUGGUUUUGGUUGAACCAGGAACGCCACAUGGUGCUAAUAUUAUAUCUCAGAUGCGAUCCUAUAUACUGUGGAUGGAGAAUAGAAAACUGCGUAAAAAGGAGAAAGCUGAAGCUGGCAAGGAAGUUCUCGAUCUCAAGUCUGGUGCGCAUAUUGUUGCUCCCUGCCCUCAUGAUGGAAAGUGUCCGUUGGAAAACACUGCAAAGUAUUGCCAUUUUGUUCAGCGGUUGCAGAGAACUUCAUCUCAGCGUUCCUACAAGCGUACAAAAGGUGUUCCCUUGCGUGGGUUUGAGGAUGAGAAGUUUUGCUUUGUGGUUUUCAGGAGAGGUCAGCGCCCACGGGAACCAUGGCCUCUUGAUAAUAUAAAAUUGGAGACUUUGAAGGAGAUGCGGGCGAAUAGGAAACCUGAGGAUCUCGAGAUUGAUUAUGAAGAGUUUAUCAAAACACAGGUGGUUGAGGUGCCUUACAUUGAUCCAAGAGCACAGGACUCUGAUAUCACGGAUGAGGACGAGGAUGAGCUGGAGAAAGUAGAAGAAGAAGGUGAAGGUACUGAUGAGGAUGAAGUAGAAGUAGAGGAAGCAGAAGAGGAGGGAAGUGGGAGGGCGAGCGUGGGAGGAGGAUGGGGAAGGAUCAUAUUCCCUCCAUUCCGCAAGGGUAAACAAGUGACGUUGGACAUGUGUGUGCCGACCAACGAGGAAGGGUCAGAGGGAGCUUUUGAGAGGAGAGUGAUAACGAAAAGCAAGAACCCUCAUCUUCAUUUGCAAGCCAAGAAAUCAUUUUGGGGAGACCUAUGGCCAUUAACCACUCAACAACAAGAAAUUACCAAAGAGAAUAAAAAAGUAGAUGCCGAGUGGUGUCGCCCAAAUGAAGACCAGAAAUGGGGUGCAUGGCCUUAAACAUUAGCCUUUGGUGAAUGAUUGUUUAAAAGACAUGUUUCCCAUAGCUCAUGUUAUCAGUUUCCCAUUACAGAUGUGUUUGAAACAUAAAAGGAAACCAAAUACCCAUUUUGUAGAAAUGCACAACACUUUUGUCCA